CUUCCCAGCAAAGACACUCCCCUUAAAUAUACUUGUGUGAAAGCCUGCACAUAUGCCUCCUGUUUGCUCAUCUUCGAACAUCAUGAAGAAUAUUGCGCAACUCUGUGCAACAGUUUCGCUGCUGCUCCUGACCCUGCACUCUGCCAGAGUGUUCUGUGUGCAGCGUGUUCAUUGCCAGUGGGGGCUUUUUGGAAGCUGGUCAGCUUGUGAUCCCUGCUCCAAAUUGCAGACAAGAAGCCGAGCCAUGACUGUCUAUGCUCAGUUUGAUGGGAACCCCUGUAAUGGCGGCCGCACUGAGACCAGAACCUGUGAAACCACACAAGCCUGUCCAUUGGAAGAUGGAUGCGGAGAUAGAUUUCGUUGUCGAUCAGGGAAGUGCAUUAGCAAGUCUUUGUUGUGUAACGGAGAUCAGGACUGUGAAGAAGAUGGACUAGAUGAGCAGGACUGUCCAGUUGAAAAGUUCAUCACAUGUGAACAUACAGUUCCCCCUCCUCAAAUAGAGCUACUUGGGAUUGGGUUUGACGUAGUAUCUGGAAAGAGCAGAGGAAGCGUCAUCAACACAAAGAGCUUUGGAGGCCAGUGUCGAUCCGUCUUUAGUGAUGUCCACAAAACCAUUUAUCGGCUUCCCCUCAGCACUAUUCAGUACAACUUCCUGGUUACAGUCCAAAAGGAUUUCAGUGAUGAGAUGUUUGCCAGCCAAUGGCACUAUGCAAAAGAUAUUGUCAACAGAGAGACAGUAACCGGGACAACAACAGGACAUCGUAAUUAUGACUUCCAUGAUAAACAUGACACAUCUCAAGCCAGAAGGAUUGUGGUGUUAAAGAAUGAGAUAGAGGUAGCUCAGUUCCAAAGCAACUCUCCUAAGUACCUUCCAAUAUCAGAGGAGUUUUGGAAGGCCCUGGCCAACCUCCCCUCUGUUUAUGACUACUCGGCCUACAGGAAGAUUUUGGAGAUGUUUGGAACGCACUACAUAUCUGAGGGAAGCAUGGGGGGCUCCUUGAACUCCAUCGUUUCAAUCAAUGAAGAAACUGAAAAGCGCAUCAAGAGUCAGAGCUUCGACAAUCACGAAUGUGAAAGGAAAAAACGCUGGAUUCUGUUCAUUCCUUUCACAAGAGUGGUUUGCACAACGACGGGAGAUUCAAGCACAUGGCACAGUGUUUCCAGCAGCUCUGACAAUACUGCAAAAGUGGAAGUGCUUGGAGGAGGUCCAACACAUAUAGAAGGAUUAGAGAAAAUGCAGCUUGAGGAUGCAGAAAAGAACUGGGAAUUGUACUCAAAUUGGGCUGACUCCAUCAGGUCAUUCCCUGUGGUCAUAAAGCCAAAGUUUCGACCUCUUUCAGAACUGGUUAAAGAAGUUCAGUGUUCUGGAGUUAAGAGACUCUUCCUCCGUAAAGCCAUAGAACAAUACCUGUAUGAGAGCCAUUCCUGCCACUGCCAAUCCUGCAGAAAUAAUGGCCUGGCUGUCAUGGACGGAGACAAAUGCAAAUGCAUCUGUAAAACUGGCACAUCAGGACUGGCUUGUGAACAAGGAGUUGAGGCAGAAGGCCAACCAGGUGUGAUCCAUGGCAGUUGGUCCUGUUGGUCUGCCUGGUCUUUGUGUUCUGGGGGUCGAAGUUCACGAAGUCGCUCUUGCUCUAACCCUUCCCCUCAGAACGGCGGUCAUCACUGUACCGGAGAAACAACUGAGACUGCUGGCUGUGAAGAGCAAGAGGACCUGCAGCACUUAAAAACCAUGGAGCCUCAGUGCUUUGAUCAAACUCUCCCAGAACUUCAGAAGUGUGCGACUCCACCCAAUUUGGUCAACGGCUACAUCCUGGAUCCCAGGGACAACUACUAUGUGGGUAACAGAGUGGAAUAUAGCUGCACCGCCGGAUUUUAUCUUGUUGGUAACAGCAUCUUACAAUGCAAUGCUGAUCAAACCUGGUCUGCAAAACCUGGGCUCUGUGCAGUUUCAGUGUGUAAGCUUCCUCCGCUCGCUGAGGAUGUCAUAGCAUCUCCUUUACAGGAGGCUUAUCAUCUGGGAGACUCCGUUAGCUUGUCCUGCCCACAGGGUCGUUCAUUAGAUGGUGAAGCUACAGCUGUUUGUGAUUCCAGUUUGAAUUUUUCUCCAGACCCAGCUCAAACCAGGUGCAUCCAAGCUCAAAGAAGCCAGAAGCCCACUGCUUCCCCAACACAAUGCAAGCAAUGGCAGAAAUUAUUUAGAGGAAAAUGCGUCUGCAAAAUGCCUCCUGAGUGCAGUUCUUCGCUGGAGUUGUGUGCCAUAAGUCCAUUAAAUGGACAGUUUGUUCUCUUGACUGUCUGCAAGAUUCAGGCAAUCAAAUGUAUCGGGAAAAAUCUUGAGAUAGCAGAUGAGAGCAACUGCAGGUGGCCACAGCGCAGCACCACAGAUUGCACCAGAUGUCACAUGUGGGAAAACUGUGAUGCCCAAACAAAUCAGUGUCUCUGUAAAAACGACUCUGCUGACUGCUUGAAUCCAGGAGAAAGCCUGUGCAUCCGUAUUGGUGAGGAUUCAACAGUUGCACCACAAACCAUGAGCGAGUGUGAAGCAGGACUUCGACGAUGCAAAGGGGAGAAGGUGACUGUUGUCAGUAUCCAGCCAUGUGCUUCCUAAUACCUCCCGCUCAUGCUAUUGUUUAUUUGCCCUGUACUUCAGCAGCAUUUGACCAGUUGCAUAUUGUAGAAGUGUUGGCUGAGAAAUAAAAUGCAAAAGCUUAAUCGUUCAGAGGGAAAACUGAAAACUGUAUCUUCUGUUUUCUUCUUUACAUUGUUUUAUUUCCUUUUUUAUUUUGAUCAAUAAAAUAUUUCACUUA